GAGAGAGAUCCGAGUAUAUUCAAGCUUUCUCCACCCCCAUAUGAUGAGGAACAUGUACCAACACCGGCUGAGCAAGCGGAUCCACCCCAAUACAAUGACCAACCCGGAUUGAAUCCGGUCAUUGGCAAACGGGACAGAGGGUGGUCCCUGUCACCCGAAGAAUGCUGCAAAAGGCCGCUUCUUACACAACCAGACUGGCUUGGAGCACCUACCGAAGUCAAUACCCCAAGUACUUGCUCUCCGUCAUCAUCCUCAAACUCGAUCCAUAUCUUGAGCAGAAGCUUAGCCGACUUCCCGAAGAUCGGGUUCGCGAGCUAUUGAUUCGCUCCGGACACCAUCGUCUACUGGGCUUGUCAGGGGAUGCAGAUGGUGGUCUACCAUCAAAGUCUGGCCCUUCGGGCGUCCAUCUGAUCGAUCCUUACAUCCAAAGAUAUAUCGAUGAGGAAAUCCACAACAGUCUCAAAUUACAGCAGGAUAUCGUACGCGAUAGCAUCAAAUCAGAACUUGAUGAUAUCGUUCAACACAGCAUCAGAUCAGAACUGCCUGAUCUUGUCGACCAUUUUCGCGAGGAGAUUGCUGACGAACACAAGAUAAAAGUGUGCGAGUUAGGCGAGGUGGUCCAGGACAGUAUAUGCGAGAUACAAACUGUAACCAAUGAUGGUUCAGAGGUAAUAGGGGACGUUACGACAGCACAUAUCGAUGAACUUGAUAAGCAGGCCGUCGAGGCGAAGAAAGCAUUGAAGGAAAUGGCUUUGAAGUUGACUGCUUCUCUCAGGGCCUCGUUUGAUGAUUUGCAAGGCUCCAGACAUGAGAAACAGGGCACACACGCGAGAUGCCGCUCUGUUUAA